AUGGCGGCGGGAGGGACGGAUCCACGCAGCCUGGACGUGGAGGAGGAUGCUUCUCAGCUUGUCUUCCCGAAGGAAUUUGAGACCGCUGAGACACUUUUAAAUUCAGAAGUACACAUGCUUCUUGAGCAUCGAAAACAACAGAAUGAGAGUGCAGAAGAUGAACAGGAGCUCUCAGAAGUCUUCAUGAAAACAUUAAACUAUACUGGUCGCUUCAGCCGCUUCAAAAACCGGGAGACUAUUGCUAGUGUUCGCAGUUUAUUACUCCAGAAGAAGCUUCAUAAAUUUGAACUGGCAUGUUUGGCUAAUCUGUGCCCUGAGACCGCUGAGGAAGCCAAAGCUUUAAUUCCUAGUCUGGAGGGUCGGUUUGAAGAUGAAGAGUUGCAGCAGAUUCUUGAUGACAUUCAGACCAAAAGAAGCUUUCAGUAUUAGAAGGAAUUACUAGAGUCUUCUGUAGUCGGAACACUGAAGGAGAAACAUCACUUGUUCCUGUGUAGUCUUGGACCAAUCCUGAUUAUCUUUUGACAACAAUGGAGAAACUGAUGCAGGAUACAUACCAAAAAUAUUUGGACUUGUUAAAUAUUAGCAUAGUUG